UAGCAGGAAUUAUCAUACCUUAACCCAAAAAGUUAAACCCAAUCCUAAUUUAACCCUUAACGUAAAAGAAAAGAAAACAACUGUUUAUCAUAAAACCAAUUUAGUCUGCAGCCUCCAGUGUAACAUGCAGACUUUAGGUUGAAAUUAGCUCUCUACAUGUAUGAGGGUCAGAGUUACUUUAUAGUAGAGUAUUUUUUAGGGUAAGUGUUUUCACUUAGUUAGGGUUAGACUGGCGUCUGAAGUUCAUAGGCUCUUUCCUGUGUCCUUUAUUUCUGAAAUUUUGGUUGAAUGGUUCGCAUUUCAGAAAAACUACAAUUUUCGAAUUUUUUGGAAACUUCCCAAAACCGUUUCCGUACCAUUUAUCGCUGUUUCGAAUGUUCCAGAAUUUUUGGCUGAAUGAAAAGCUCCCUACAUUUUAUUCUAAGCACUUUUGCAGCUUCUAUUUUUUCUACAUAGAAAUGUUUUUGUCGUAUGGUUUGUUCUAUUUACAUGUAUCAUAUUUGUCUUCACUGGAUUAUUUUACCAUUUCAGUUGGCCGUCGCUGACGAGCGAUUCAACUGAAAGCAAAACACCCGCUGCACUGUCUCCAAUGAUUCGCUCCAUUCUUCGUCUGUGGUGUCACGAAAGCUCUCGUACAUACAGUGAUCGCCUGUUCACCGAGGAACAGCGGUACUGGUUCUCUUCUCUGUUACACGACUCCGUCGAAGAGUUCUUCUGCAGGGACAACUCCGAGCAGGGAUCCGAAAUGUUCUCUGUGGAAAAGCUAGAGAUGGAACAAAAAAAAUUGCGAGAAGUUUUGCCAGGUAGAAAUGCACCCCCACCUACUGCCAGUGAUGAACAACUCGAAAACACAGGGGAGGAUGAGGCAUCCAUGCAACCAGACGACUCCAUGGCUCUACCAACUCAAGAAUUACGGGCACCAAGUGAUGAAAGUGCUGUUGAAGAAGACGAGGAAGAAGGUGAAAUUGGUACUAUUGUGACGGAAGAAAACCCUUUGCCGGAAGAAGCGAAUGACGAAGCUGUCGAGAUGGAAGACGACGAAGGGGGAUUUCCUCCAAAAGUAGAAGAACAAAAUGUGAACGACGUUGAUCCAGAUAGAUUGGAAGUUCAAGAAGAUGAAACUCUUAGUAGAGAGCCGACUUUAGCGGAGAGCACGUCGCUGCUUCAGCCAGUCCGUGUUAAGGUCACGUUUGACGACACUAGCGGUGUAAGCUACGACAAGAGCUAUGAUGGUCCCUUGAUUUCGUCGGAGCAGUUGGCGUUUUCUGGCGAGGAUCUUACAGACAUCAUUUUCUGCAAGCAUUUUAACGCCUCUGUGACCGGGCGAGAGAGUAGUGCGAGCGAGGUGGCCAGCAAGAACUACCUUGAGUGCGCUGAAAGCAUCUUGGAGCAAGGCAUUAGGCGUUGUCUGGCCUCUUAUAAUGCUCAGGUGGUGGAGUCAGGCAGUGGAGCCAGGAUAAUGAACUUGGUGACGUUUCGUGAGGCCCUUCAACAUGCAGCGCGUUUGAGCCGAGCACUGGCCACACCAGGAGGUCAUGCACUAUUGUUGUCUGAUCUUGGCUAUGGAAGAAGGACGCUGACCAGGGUUACUGCACAUGCAGCUUGUUGCAAGCUCAUAGAGGUACAACGAAGCCAAUUCCAAAGUCAAGAGGACCUCAGACAGCAGAUCAAAGUCGCGUCAUUCAUCACUGGUCUUCAAGGAAAGCCUGUAGUGUUGUUUGUACCAGAAGGCGUUUGUGAUGGAUCCAUGCAGGACAUCUGUUCACUGAUGUCUGAAGGUACAUGCCCUGGCCUUUACACACCCAACGAGCUCUUCAUGAUCUCCAACCAGCUUCUUCCCGGUGGAAAACGUGGAGCUCGCAGAGUGGAAAACCAAGAUAUCGCACAGGAACGAUAUUUCCGUCGCGUCAGAUCGCACCUUCAUGUCGUGAUCUGCUUAAAAUAUAGAAAGCUUGACUUGUCCAACUCUUUGGAAAAGAACCAGUUGUAUAAGUUCCCAGCGCUGGUAACACGAAGCUGUUGUGUCGAUAUUUACCGAGCCUGGCCUCACGAGGCACUUGUUAGCAUAGCGCAGAAACAACUUGAAGAGGAAGAGAGCGUUUUUAGUCUUUUGCCACUGAAAAGACGAGAGAAAGAUGCGCAGUCUGCAGCUGUGUGCUCAAUAAUGGCGCACGUUCACCUCUCUUCUAGAAGCAUGGUGAGGAGGAUUUACGGAAUGGAGGCGCUGAAGUUCUACUCGCCUGAUACGUAUUUGGAUUUUAUAGAUCUGUUCAGGAAGAUAUGCAAGAGGUUAUGUUUGAAAGAAAAGGAAGAGGUAGUUCACCUAGACAAAGCUAUCAAGAGAAUAGACGAAGCUACUCACAGUCUGAACAAGAUGCAGCGAGAGUUAGAUCAACUGGCACCGGUGUUUGAAGCGUCCAAGACGGACGUGCAGUUGCGACACGAGGCUGUGGAAGCGUGUCAAAAGGAGUAUGCUGCUGCCAAGGACCGCUGCAAGAAACAGGAGCAGGAUAUCGAGGGCAUGCAGGGACCCAUUGAGAUCCUCAAAAAGGAGGCUCAGGCCGAGUUUGAAAAGGUCAACCCCUUGUUUGACGCAGCAUGGAAGGCCAUCAAUUCGCUGGAUAUUCACGAUGUAGAAGAAAUCAGAAGUUACCGAACUCCGCCUGCGAUUGUUAGAUUGGUUGUAGAUGCAAUUUGUGUGUUAUUUGGAAAAGAGCAGACCUGGGAAGAGGGCAAGCUUCUCCUCAACCGGAACGACUUCUUCAAAGAUCUGGAAUUUUACAACAUGAUUGGCAUGCCUGAUGCUAUUUUCAAUGCGCUCAGAGGUUUUUACGACAACCCGUUGUUCCGUGCAGACAUUGUCAAGGACGGCAGCGUGGCUGCUAGGUCUCUCUGUCUGUGGGUACGAGCCGUGUACGAGUUCUGUUUGGUACACAGAGCCCUGGAACCAAAACGACAGCAGCUGCGGAAGGCAGAGCAGGAACUCGAAAAGGCAAAGUCCAUUCUAGGAGAGAUGCGAGUGAGGUGUAAUGCCAUCAAACAAGAGCUUGAGUCAAAUAUCCAGUUGUACAAAGACAGUGUCAAACAUUCCAGGACAGUUGAAAAACAGAUCCAGAACAUACAAGCUGUGUAAGCCAAGGGAGUGGCGCUUGUCGACAGUCUGUCCACCUAUUCUAACUUGUGGCAUAGCAAUCGAUCGAUC